AGUUCGUAUCGUUAGUAGUCUUUAUGUUAUUCACAAUCACAGUUCGCACUUUCUGUUCGACUAUGACGGCGUAUUGACGGUUGCAACAUGAAUAAUCAUAAUAAUUAUUUUGUUAUCGUUUUGUUAUUGUUUUCAUCUUGUUUGUGUGAAAUCAUUAAUCUUAGUAAUAAUCAGAGAGAAAAGUUUUUGACUGGCUUCGUGGAGCAUUAUAAUAAUUUGCCUAAUCAAAUUUACCAGUCCAAUGAGGGAAUUUUGCGGAGUGUUCAGCAAGUGGAUGACAUCACGUAUAUAAUAGUAGCCGAAAUAAAAGCUACUGAGAUACGUGAUGUUGAAGCAUUCAAGAAGUUAGAAUGUACUGCAACAGUACAAGAGUCUGGGGAUGACGAUGUCACCAUUAUCAACCAUGUGUGCCAAGAGCUGGUACCAAGUACCACUCCACAGAGCACAGAGGACUACAGGGAUACUGAGACCCAGGUGGAGGUGACAGAAGGCACUGUUACCAGUAGACAUGUGCAGCUUGAAAAUGAAGUACAGUCAGACACAGCUGUAACAUCAGGUGAACAGUUUAUAGCGAUACCUCGGGAUCAACCAAGCUCUCCUUGCGUUGGAUGCACCUCGCAUGUCAAUCCGCAGGCUCCGGGGGUCAGCGACCUCGCAGCCCUAGGAGUUAGGCAUCUCGACUUACACGAACCUUCAGUCAGUCACAGCUUGGAUACUGUUAUAGAUGUAGAAAGACAAGUUCAAGUAGUCAACGGUGUGCGGUACAUAUUAACUCUAUUGAUUAAUUCUAACAACUGUACUGAUGUACAAACCGAGAAUUGUAACUUCCCUAAAACCUGUAAGGUAACGAUUUUAGUUAAGCCCUGGAUUAAAUUACCUAACGGCCAAAACCACAGAUCUAUCUUAGCUAAUAAUUGCACAGAACCUUGGCUGUACGAUAGUGAUGGUGAGGUUUUACCUGAACCAUCUGGUGAUGAUAUACAGGUUAGGCAUCAUACAGAUGUCCAAUCCGUGCCGAAUCAAGAACGGACUCUUACUGAACAGGAAUUACUAUCUAUACAAGAACAGAUAAUUCCUAAUUCUAAAUUCAAAGUACCAACGGAACCAACUAGGAGUUUUGACGCAACAUCUAAUACUUUAGACGUAAGCAAACAACACGUUUUCAAAGUCGAAUCUAAUAAACAAACUGAAAACUCGGUCGCCGUUACUGAAUCCGAAAAAAAAGAACAACAAUCUUUUAACAUAAAUCUCGAUACAGAUAAAAAGAAAGCUAUAGAUGAUAUGUUGGAUUUUUUCGACUUUUCUGGUUUUAAACCUAAAACUGAAACUGAAGAUGUUAUCUCAAGAGUAAGAAGAAGUUACGAUGACGACCUACAAGUGCUCUCGCUUGCGAAAGAUUACCAUGGGAUUAAAAACAGCAUAGAAAAUGCACGUUUCAUGUAUGAAAUGGCGCAAGUUAUGGUUGACUACUUGAAUGAAAUGGACAUGGAGGUUAAAAACAGAGCUGUAAAAGAUGUCGUUAAAGCUGAAGAUGAGACGGAAAACCUUCAACGUUUCGUAUACAUACAAGCUCGUGUUACGAUACCAUGUGAUAAGGUUGAAUGUAGGCCUACAGAUGUCGUGACCCAAAUUUGUAACGGUGUUAUAGAUAGUACGAACGUAAAUAGUCCUCAGAUACUAAAUACGUUUUGUUACAAUGAGAACAAAGAGAGAGAUUUUAGAGAAGUCGUUAGAGAAGUACCACUUGAUGACCCUAUUCUGAAAAAUUUGGCUGAAGAAGCAUUAAAAAAAAUUGAAACCGAAUCAAAAUCAAAACAUGCCAUGAAAAUAAGCAAAAUCGUUUCAGCUAACACACAACUAACAUCAGGCACUUUGACAAAAUUUUCAGUUAUAAUUGAGAAUAUAAACUGUGAGAAAAGUGUACCACUGUUAUUACGAAUGAAUUGCACAGUUUUACAACAACCAGGCUCAAAAAUUUGCGAAGUAAUUGUUCACGAGAGACGCUGGCUUAAUGAACGAAAAAUAUCGUAUACUUGCACAGAUAGACCAGUUGAAAUGAGAAUAUCAAAAUCGACAUCAAUUACAAACAAUGUAACAGUAGAUGAUCCAAAAGUUGUUGAAAUGUUGCAAGAAGCCAUUCAAUAUUUGGAAACUCAAUCUGUCAAGAAUAACAAACAAAAGAUUGUAAAUAUUAAUUCUAUAUCAUCACAAAUAAUCGCUGGAUUUUUGACUAAAAUAGAAUUUGUCGUAGGUUAUACGAAUUGCACAGAUGAAAGUAAAACUAGAGAUAAUGCGUUUCAAAAGUGUGAAGUGCUCAAAGAUGAAGCCCUUCGUUUAUGCAAAGCCCAAAUUUGGGACAGGUCUUGGAUUAUGGAUGGAAGACAAGUUGAAGUGUCAUGUGAUGAUGUUUUGAAAAGUAAUGAAGUUCAAAGUGCAAGAAACAAAAGAUCUAUUGACUCCAUCGGAGGAUCGGUUCGACGAAGUGGAAGCAAAGACAGUCAAAUUGAUUAUAAAAAACUCGCAGAAGACGCUUUGCAGAAGUUUAUGUUAACAUCAGCCAACCGCCAACAUUAUGUAGUUUUAAAAGUUGAGAAAGUUAAGACUCAAGAUGAACCUGGAAAAUUAACUAGAUUAUUUUUUUCCAUCUCACCUACAAAUUGUUUUAUUCAACGCGAUGGGCUAUUGUCAUCGCCCAAAUGUGAUGUAACAAACCCUAAAAUUACAUUCCAUUGCAGUUCCAAAGUGUUGCUAAACGUUUGGAUUGACAAAAAUCAGUAUUUUACAGAUUGUAACAUCCAGGACAAUGAAGAGAACAGGAAUUCUGAUGAAAUAAAGGAACGGAAUCUAAGCAAAAAAUAUUAUCAACUGGCCGAGGAGUCAUUGAAAAAAUAUAUGCAAAAUACUGAACAUACUCAAAAUCAUAAAGUGGUACGACUGGAAAAAGUAACUACGCAAAUUGUUUCUGGACUACUGACAAAUAUUGACUUCAUUAUAUCCCCGAUAAACCAAGAUGGCAUUAGUAACAAAACAAUAAAAUGUCACUCUAAAAUAUUGGAAAAGCAAUGGUUAGGCAAAAAAGAUUUUAACGUGUCUUGUCAGUUGAAAUAUCAAAAGGAAAAUCAAAAGAAAAAUUUGAAGAAUCCCAAAUAUAUGCAAAUGGCUGUAGAAGCCUUAGAGAAAUAUAUUCAAAACAAACCUGAAUCUGAUCUAUUACGUGUAACUUUUGUAGAUAAGGUAGAAGAAGGCGAAGGAAAAUCAUUUAAUAUAAGAUUUAUGGCGUCCCAUAACGAAGAUGACGAUGGCGAUACACUUUGUUAUGUUCAAUUCCCCGAAACACAAAUACCUAAAAAGAAUAUGAAUGUAGAAUGCCAUUCUAUUGGCACAGUACUUAAACAAAUUCAAAUUACAGAAGAUGAUCCUAAAUUCAUCAAGUAUGUACAAUGGGCAGAAGAAUCUCUCAAUGAUUAUCUUCAAAACAUGAAUAGUUCUCAACUGUAUACAAUUGUUAGGAUAGAAAGUGUGAACGUGCUGUGGGAUGAUAGCGUUAAAACUCUUAUCAAUUUUAUAAUAUCACCAAUCGAUCUUGAGUAUAGUGCAUUACAAGGAAAAAUGUGUCAAGCCGAAAUAAAAGAACAGCCCUGGUUAAAUAAAAAAAGCAAAAACGUUAAAUGCGAACCAGAUGAAGAAUUGUAUAGGGCAAAAAGACAGGUGCCCGGAGGAAAAACAGAAAAAGAUCCCAAAGACCCCGCUUAUAUGGAGUUAGCAAAACAAUCCUUACGUAAAUAUUUAUUAGAGAACCCACGUAUCACGCAGUCCUCCGAAGUAGACCCUGUUGUUGAGAGAGUGACUACGCAAGUCGUCGCUGGCUCUAUGACUCGCAUUGACUUUCACUUCCAGGCAUCGGGUACAGACUCGCAACAAGAUCAUGUUACUAUGAAGUGCCAUGCAGAAGUCUGGGAACGAAAAUGGCUAAAUUCUAAAGAAAUUACUGUUUCAUGUUUCGAAGUCAAAGCGAAGGUACGCAGAGAUCUGUCCGGAGACAUAACAGAACAGGAUCCCAAAAAUCCUCAUUACAUGGAUUUAGCAGAACAAUCUCUGCGUAAAUAUUUAUUAGACAACCCACAAGGCACCCCGGCCCUCGAAGUAGCUCUGGUAGAAAAAGUUACUACGCAGGGCAAGUCCGGUUCCCUGACUCGUAUUGAUUUUCUCGUUUUGAGUAGAAAUGAUCCUAUUACAAUGUUCUGUAAUUCUGAGGUUUCGGAACAACCUUCACUUAAUAAAGUAGAUAUUAAAGUGUCGUGUCCCAAAAUCUUCAAGACGUCACUAGCCGGUGGUCUAACGUUACAAGAUCCAUCGAAACCCGAGUAUAAAUUGCUGGCGGUGGAGUCCUUGCAAAAAUAUGUUCGGGAAAGUGAAUAUACUGAUGUUUACGAAGUGACAAGUGUCGACAAGGUGACUUCACAAGUCGUAGCCGGCUCGCUGACCCGCAUCAAUUUUCAAGCAACCAGUAGCCAAACCGGUAAAGCAAUGAAGUGUCACUCAGCGAUUGUGGAGCAACCGUGGCUAAACGUAAAAAAUGUCAAUGUUUCUUGUUACAAAGCCGACCAGAGACAACGCAGAAGUUUGCCCGGAGGAGAAACAGAAAACGAUCCCAAAGACCCUGCUUAUAUGGAGUUAGCAAAACAAUCCUUACGUAAAUAUUUAUUAGAGAACCCACGUAUCACGCAGUCCUCCGAAGUAGACCCUGUUGUUGAGAGAGUGACUACGCAAGUCGUCGCUGGCUCUAUGACUCGCAUUGACUUUCACUUCCAGGCAUCGGGUACAGACUCGCAACAAGAUCAUGUUACUAUGAAGUGCCAUGCAGAAGUCUGGGAACGAAAAUGGCUAAAUUCUAAAGAAAUUACUGUUUCAUGUUUCGAAGUCAAAGCGAAGAUACGCAGAGAUCUGUCCGGAGACAUAACAGAACAGGAUCCCAAAAACCCUCAUUACAUGGAUUUAGCAGAACAAUCUCUGCGUAAAUAUUUAUUAGACAACCCACAAGGCACCCCGGCCCUCGAAGUAGCUCUGGUAGAAAAAGUUACUACGCAGGGCAAGUCCGGUUCCCUGACUCGUAUUGAUUUUCUCGUUUUGAGUAGAAAUGAUCCUAUUACAAUGUUCUGUAAUUCUGAGGUUUCGGAACAACCUUCGCUUAAUAAAGUGGAUAUUAAAGUGUCGUGUCCCAAAAUCUUCAAGACGUCACUAGCCGGUGGUCUAACGUUACAAGAUCCAUCGAAACCCGAGUAUAAAUUGCUGGCGGUGGAGUCCUUGCAAAAAUAUGUUCGGGAAAGCGAAUAUACUGAUGUUUACGAAGUGACAAGUGUCGACAAGGUGACUUCGCAAGUCGUAGCCGGCUCGCUGACCCGCAUCAAUUUUCAAGCAACCAGUAGCCAAACCGGUAAAGCAAUGAAGUGUCACUCAGCGAUUGUGGAGCAACCGUGGCUAAACGUAAAAAAUGUCAAUGUUUCUUGUUACAAAGCCGACCAGAGACAACGCAGAAGUUUGCCCGGAGGAGAAACAGAAAACGAUCCCAAAGACCCUGCUUAUAUGGAGUUAGCAAAACAAUCCUUACGUAAAUAUUUAUUAGAGAACCCACGUAUCACGCAGUCCUCCGAAGUAGACCCUGUUGUUGAGAGAGUGACUACUCAAGUCGUCGCUGGCUCUAUGACUCGCAUUGACUUUCACUUCCAGGCAUCGGGUACAGACUCGCAACAAGAUCAUGUUACUAUGAAGUGCCAUGCAGAAGUCUGGGAACGAAAAUGGCUAAAUUCUAAAGAAAUUACUGUUUCAUGUUUCGAAGUCAAAGCGAAGAUACGCAGAGAUCUGUCCGGAGACAUAACAGAACAGGAUCCCAAAGACCCUCAUUACAUGGAUUUAGCAGAACAAUCUCUGCGUAAAUAUUUAUUAGACAACCCACAAGGCACCCCGGCCCUCGAAGUAGCUCUGGUAGAAAAAGUUACUACGCAGGGCAAGUCCGGUUCCCUGACUCGUAUUGAUUUUCUCGUUUUGAGUAGAAAUGAUCCUAUUACAAUGUUCUGUAAUUCUGAGGUUUCGGAACAACCUUCGCUUAAUAAAGUGGAUAUUAAAGUGUCGUGUCCCAAAAUCUUCAAGACGUCACUAGCCGGUGGUAUAACGUUACAAGAUCCAUCGAAACCCGAGUAUAAAUUGCAGGCGGUGGAGUCCUUGCAAAAAUAUGUUCGGGAAAGCGAAUAUACUGAUGUUUACGAAGUGACAAGUGUCGACAAGGUGACUUCGCAAGUCGUAGCCGGCUCGCUGACCCGCAUCAAUUUUCAAGCAACCAGUAGCCAAACCGGUAAAGCAAUGAAGUGUCACUCAGCGAUUGUGGAGCAACCGUGGCUAAACGUAAAAAAUGUCAAUGUUUCUUGUUAUAAAGCCGACCAGAGACAACGCAGAAGUUUGCCCGGAGGAGAAACAGAAAAAGAUCCCAAAGACCCUGCCUAUAUGGAGUUAGCAAAACAAUCCUUACGUAAAUAUUUAUUAGAGAACCCACGUAUCACGCAGUCCUCCGAAGUAGACCCUGUUGUUGAGAGAGUGACUACUCAAGUCGUCGCUGGCUCUAUGACUCGCAUUGACUUUCACUUCCAGGCAUCGGGUACAGACUCGCAACAAGAUCAUGCUACUAUGAAGUGCCAUGCAGAAGUCUGGGAACGAAAAUGGCUAAAUUCUAAAGAAAUUACUGUUUCAUGUUUCGAAGUCAAAGCGAAGGUACGCAGAGAUCUGUCCGGAGACAUAACAGAACAGGAUCCCAAAGACCCUCAUUACAUGGAUUUAGCAGAACAAUCUCUGCGUAAAUAUUUAUUAGACAACCCACAAGACACCCCGGCACUCGAAGUAGCUCUGGUAGAAAAAGUUACUACGCAGGGCAAGUCCGGUUCCCUGACUCGUAUUGAUUUUCUCGUUUUGAGUAGAAAUGAUCCUAUUACAAUGUUCUGUAAUUCUGAGGUUUCGGAACAACCUUCGCUUAAUAAAGUGGAUAUUAAAGUGUCGUGUCCCAAAAUCUUCAAGACGUCACUAGCCGGUGGUCUAACGUUACAAGAUCCAUCGAAACCCGAGUAUAAAUUGCUGGCGGUGGAGUCCUUGCAAAAAUAUGUUCGGGAAAGCGAAUAUAAUGAUGUUUACGAAGUGACAAGUGUCGACAAGGUGACUUCGCAAGUCGUAGCCGGCUCGCUGACCCGCAUCAAUUUUCUAGCAACCAGUAGCCAAACCGGUAAAGCAAUGAAGUGUCACUCAGCGAUUGUGGAGCAACCGUGGCUAAACGUAAAAAAUGUCAAUGUUUCUUGUUACAAAGCCGACCAGAGACAACGCAGAAGUUUGCCCGGAGGAGAAACAGAAAACGAUCCCAAAGACCCUGCUUAUAUGGAGUUAGCAAAACAAUCCUUACGUAAAUAUUUAUUAGAGAACCCACGUAUCACGCAGUCCUCCGAAGUAGACCCUGUUGUUGAGAGAGUGACUACUCAAGUCGUCGCUGGCUCUAUGACUCGCAUUGACUUUCACUUCCAGGCAUCGGGUACAGACUCGCAACAAGAUCAUGUUACUAUGAAGUGCCAUGCAGAAGUCUGGGAACGAAAAUGGCUAAAUUCUAAAGAAAUUACUGUUUCAUGUUUCGAAGUCAAAGCGAAGAUACGCAGAGAUCUGUUCGGAGACAUAACAGAACAGGAUCCCAAAGACCCUCAUUACAUGGAUUUAGCAGAACAAUCUCUGCGUAAAUAUUUAUUAGACAACCCACAAGGCACCCCGGCCCUCGAAGUAGCUCUGGUAGAAAAAGUUACUACGCAGGGCAAGUCCGGUUCCCUGACUCGUAUUGAUUUUCUCGUUUUGAGUAGAAAUGAUCCUAUUACAAUGUUCUGUAAUUCUGAGAUUUCGGAACAACCUUCGCUUAAUAAAGUGGAUAUUAAAGUGUCGUGUCCCAAAAUCUUCAAGACGUCACUAGCCGGUGGUCUAACGUUACAAGAUCCAUCGAAACCCGAGUAUAAAUUGCUGGCGGUGGAGUCCUUGCAAAAAUAUGUUCGGGAAAGCGAAUAUACUGAUGUUUACGAAGUGACAAGUGUCGACAAGGUGACUUCGCAAGUCGUAGCCGGCUCGCUGACCCGCAUCAAUUUUCAAGCAACCAGUAGCCAAACCGGUAAAGCAAUGAAGUGUCACUCAGCGAUUGUGGAGCAACCGUGGCUAAACGUAAAAAAUGUCAAUGUUUCUUGUUAUAAAGCCGACCAGAGACAACGCAGAAGUUUGCCCGGAGGAGAAACAGAAAAAGAUCCCAAAGACCCUGCCUAUAUGGAGUUAGCAAAACAAUCCUUACGUAAAUAUUUAUUAGAGAACCCACGUAUCACGCAGUCCUCCGAAGUAGACCCUGUUGUUGAGAGAGUGACUACUCAAGUCGUCGCUGGCUCUAUGACUCGCAUUGACUUUCACUUCCAGGCAUCGGGUACAGACUCGCAACAAGAUCAUGCUACUAUGAAGUGCCAUGCAGAAGUCUGGGAACGAAAAUGGCUAAAUUCUAAAGAAAUUACUGUUUCAUGUUUCGAAGUCAAAGCGAAGGUACGCAGAGAUCUGUCCGGAGACAUAACAGAACAGGAUCCCAAAGACCCUCAUUACAUGGAUUUAGCAGAACAAUCUCUGCGUAAAUAUUUAUUAGACAACCCACAAGACACCCCGGCACUCGAAGUAGCUCUGGUAGAAAAAGUUACUACGCAGGGCAAGUCCGGUUCCCUGACUCGUAUUGAUUUUCUCGUUUUGAGUAGAAAUGAUCCUAUUACAAUGUUCUGUAAUUCUGAGGUUUCGGAACAACCUUCGCUUAAUAAAGUGGAUAUUAAAGUGUCGUGUCCCAAAAUCUUCAAGACGUCACUAGCCGGUGGUCUAACGUUACAAGAUCCAUCGAAACCCGAGUAUAAAUUGCUGGCGGUGGAGUCCUUGCAAAAAUAUGUUCGGGAAAGCGAAUAUAAUGAUGUUUACGAAGUGACAAGUGUCGACAAGGUGACUUCGCAAGUCGUAGCCGGCUCGCUGACCCGCAUCAAUUUUCUAGCAACCAGUAGCCAAACCGGUAAAGCAAUGAAGUGUCACUCAGCGAUUGUGGAGCAACCGUGGCUAAACGUAAAAAAUGUCAAUGUUUCUUGUUACAAAGCCGACCAGAGACAACGCAGAAGUUUUCCCGGAGGAGAAACAGAAAAAGAUCCCAAAGACCCUGCUUAUAUGGAGUUAGCAAAACAAUCCUUACGUAAAUAUUUAUUAGAGAACCCACGUAUCACGCAGUCCUCCGAAGUAGAUCCUGUUGUUGAGAGAGUGACUACGCAAGUCGUCGCUGGCUCUAUGACUCGCAUUGACUUUCACUUCCAGGCAUCGGGUACAGACUCGCAACAAGAUCAUGUUACUAUAAAGUGCCAUGCAGAAGUUUGGGAACGACCCUGGCUUGAGCCAAAAGCAGAAUUUAGAGUGUCUUGUGCCAAUGCUGAUAAAAGAGUUAAAAGACAUUUGAAAGUUCCGAGUCAUUCAAUGAAACACAAUUCCGUUGCUCUUAAUUAUGAAGUACUAGAUGAUGAAAAAAAUGGUAAUCAGAAAGAAAGAGACCACGUUAAUUCUUUACGAGGGCAUACAGAAGAAGUGAAAGAUCCAAGUCAACCUGAAUAUAAAAUCCUUGCUGAAGAAGCUUUGCGUAAAUAUGAGCUAAAAAGUACCGUCUAUCAUAAAGUUGUUGAAGUAAAACGCGUUGUUACUCGUGUGGUGUCUGGUUUAAAGUAUAACAUAAAUUUCAAUGCUGCACCUACCACAUGCUUAUUAAAUGUCACCAGCGCGCGUGCGCGCAGCUGUAAACCUGUUGCUGAUGUAAUUCUGUACUGUCACACUGAAAUUUGGGAUAGGCCAUGGCUAAAACGUAAGAAGAUUGACGUAAAUUGUUAUGCUGAUGAUUCUGAGGACUCUGACAUUGAUUUAUCAUCAAAACCGGCCAAUGCUAAUAAUAACAGUAGUGAAAUAUACCUUAAAUUGGCGGAAGAGGCUUCAGAAAAAUACCUGACGACUUCAAACAGGAAAUACGUUCACAAAGUUACAGAAAUUCUCAGCGUCAGUGAACAAGUCACCAACGGAUCAUUAAUAAUUAUUGUUUUCUCACUUUCACCUACAACAUGUUUAAGAAAUGAUACUACAAAAAAAUCGUGUAACUUAAAGCAACCAUUAGUUGUCUUUCACUGCAGUGCAGAAAUACGGAAUAGCUCUUCGUUAGAACAUGAAAAAGAAAUCGAAGUAACUUGUAAAAAACGUAGUGAAGAGAAAAACAAAAAGGAGAAGCGCGAUAUUGGCACUAGACAUACAAGACAAACUGGUGAUGAUGAUGAUGAAAUAGAUGAAGAAACUACAUUCUAUUACGCCGAUCGCGCUAUUCAGCAUAUGAAUGAUAAUUCGAAUUCAAAUAAUUUACACAAAUUGAUAUCUAUACACGGUGUCCAAAGUGGUAUACAAAUGGGAACAGUAACCGUACAAAUGUAUCUUGAAGUCGCUGAAACUUUUUGUUUACGGCAUAAUAGGAGGACAGAUCUCAAGAACUGUGAAGAAAUGAACGGUUUAAAUCACAGAUUGUGUCUGGCUAGACUGUGGCCGUCUCCUGACGAUGAGCUGGUGGUAAGACACGUUACCGUAGUUUGUGACGACGAUGAAAACUUCGAAUCAAUUACCGGUGUGAACAUACCCGAACUCCUGAAGAUGUCCAUUGCAGCCCUUGAGAGGCCUCCUGAAGCUAAAUAUAAAUUGGUUCAUCAGGGCGAGCCACAAGUCAUACCUUCGCUUGAUUCAAAAUUUCCGUUUAAACUUAAUUUCGUUGUUGCCACUACGAACUGUUCCAAAGACGUCAAUCUGGACACAAAUCCCUUCCAAUGUUAUAUUAACACAGAGAUACCAGCGAAGUCCUGUCAUUCCUUUAUUUGGCUUGAGACAGCAACUAAAUACAUACGUUACAUCAGCGCUAAAUGUACGCCACUAAACCGUGUCAGGAGGUCUUCUCUGGAUUUGGCUAAUAUGACUAUAGACAAUUCAGACAUCCAAAGGAUGGUACAAGCAUCGCUGGAAAAGUUAGAAAUGACAUCUUUACAUCGGUACAAGCAAAGAGUUCUACAGAUUAACAGUUACUCCACUAAGAUCACUUCUGGGAAAGUUACUACUAUUGAUUUUGAUGUUGGAUACACUUCUUGUUUGAAAUAUGAAUGGGUUGCAAACAUAACUAGUUGUGAUUUCCUUGAGCAUUUACCGCGUAGGCGUUGUGUUGCUCAAAUAUGGGAGAGGCUUUGGAUCAAUAACGGACAGAAUAUUGAUGUCAGUUGUGUAGACGACGAGACACCCCUGGAAGCUCAUAUCGAAUUCGAGAGUGCCGAAAUGGCUAAUGAGUUAGCAAGAGAGGCUUUAAAACAUAUUGAGGCAAAGUAUCCUCAUCCGAACAAACAGAAGGUAGUAAGGAUAUUUUCAUUAGAGAAGCAGGUAGUGGCAGGUAUUCACUACAAAAUGAAAAUUGAAGUCGGUUUCACGGAUUGUGUGGCAUUGAGUGACCAGACCGACUGCAAGUUGCUCAAGGAUCAGAUAAUGAAUAGGUUCUGCCGUGUCAACGUGUGGGUACGACCGUGGACUGAUCAUCCUCCCAAUUUCCGAGUAUCGUGCGAUUUCCAAGAGGCCACUACUUAUGACUUGUACCACCACGUGCAAGCCGAACAUUUGUUUUAUAACUUUUUGACCACAUACAACCCUAGUUAUGUAAACGACUACUCUCAAAUGCAGAAACGGUUUGAGAUAUUUAAGCAGAAUAUAAAAAAAAUACACGAAUUAAACGUUCAUGAGAAGGGUACUGCUACAUAUGGGGUGACGAGGUUCGCGGAUUUAUCUUAUGAUGAGUUCAGGAGUACAUACAUGGGAUUGAAAACGAAUUUGACAAAUGAGAACCAGGUUCCAAUGAAGAUGGCUGAUAUUCCGGACAUUAAGGUGCCCGUGAACUUCGACUGGCGGGAAUUCGACGCUGUGACCGACGUGAAGGACCAGGGCUCCUGCGGCAGCUGCUGGGCGUUCAGUGUUACAGGAAAUAUCGAGGGUCAGUGGAAGAUGCAGUCGGGGAAAUUGGUCUCGCUGUCGGAACAGGAGCUGGUGGAUUGUGACAAAAUGGAUGACGGCUGCAAUGGAGGAUUGCCAGAUAAUGCUUAUAGGGCCAUAGAACAGAUGGGUGGCUUGGAACUGGAGAGCGACUACCCGUACGAGGGUGUGGACGAGAAGUGCAUGUUCAACAAGACCUUGGCGAAAGUCCAGAUCAGCGGCGCCGUCAACAUUACGAAGAACGAGACUGGAAUGGCCCAGUGGCUUGUGCAUAAUGGACCUAUUUCUAUUGGUAUAAACGCCAACGCUAUGCAGUUCUACAUGGGAGGCAUCUCCCACCCCUGGAAGAUGUUGUGUAACCCUACCAACUUGGACCAUGGUGUUCUCAUUGUAGGAUAUGGCAUUAAAGAUUACCCGCUCUUCCACAAGAAAUUGCCUUACUGGAUAGUGAAGAACUCCUGGGGCAAGUCCUGGGGUGAACAAGGGUACUACAGAGUCUACCGAGGAGAUGGCACCUGUGGAGUCAAUCAGAUGGCAAGCAGCGCUGUUAUAUAGACCUUGGUAUGCACACGGUAAAUUUAACCUUAUUGCUAGAUGCCGAGCGAGGAUUUUCCAACGAUAUGAAUUGAUGUACUUAUUUAUGAAAAAAAAAAAAAGAAAAAUUGAAUGUCAGCUAUUUUGAAGUGGUGUUUGAUUUUGACCGUUAAGUCAAUGGUAUAAAGUCUUCCUGAUAAAAUAAUCUCGCUCGGUAUCUACUAAAGGUACACUUUGGAGACUGGUGCUAGUCCCGUGCCACACACUGCUGCCGCAUACUUUAGAAAUGGUUUCACACAUUCGCAUACUGUUGUUGCAUAGCUCGCUUGCCGCUGCUGCGAGCCGCCUGAGUCCGAAGUGUACCUUUAGAAAAGCAUAAAUCACUAAAGUAUUGUAGUUUUGCUAGAAAAAACAAUUUGCAGGCGUAAUUAAACAUUUGAGAUUGUUGUUUUUGACAACAUUUUGACGUUCAUCAGUCCAUCUAUAAAACUUAGAAACAAUAAGAUAGGUUGUAUCCGUCAUUGGGCGUUAAUAUCUUAAAAAAAAAGAACUUGGUAGUUCAUUCAUUAUUUAUUGUUAGGCAUAAGUUAGGUAUAAGUUUUAAUAUGUCUAAAUAUAUUUGCUUGUCUGUGUUGUAUUUCUGUGCCAAGUUUCAAUAAAAUCUAUUCAACAUUUGACAAUCGUUUACUAUCAAAAUUGGGUUGUGAAUAUUAGAAAAAAAAAAUUGGAAAACUAGCCUUACAGACUUACUAGAGACUUCUUUAUUUUAAUGCCAUGUUUGUUAUUAAUGUCUCUAAACUUAAAUAAAUAUAGUUUGUUUCCAUCCAUUUAUUUGUUCAUAACUCAGUCAGUGGUCAAUAAAUUGUGAAUACAUAUUCUUAUCUCACAAGUAAUUAAUAUGCAUAUUAAGGUAUUUAUUUUUCCUUAUGCUUACAUAAUACCAAUUUUCCUUGACUAUAAGCCAAUGCUUGAGUCGAAUAAACCGUGAAAUCUUGUAAAAUUGAUUAAACGUUAUUCUCUUGGAAAACAUGUUAAAUAUUUUUCUGUAAUGUCACACUUACGUCCGCAUCUAAUCAUUUAGUUUCAAUUAUAUAAAUUUCAAUUCGAAAAUUAACUAAAAGACGGAAUCAUUACUUUUUUUCAUUCACCAUGUCUAUUAAUUACUUUAUCAUUUAAAUAAUUUUAUGACAAUUUUAAUUUGAAGUAAAUAUUGAGUACUCACAUAUUUGGAACAAUAUUUUAUUGGUCUUGAUAUUUUUCUUAUGAAAAUAUGAUAAUACUGGAGGCCUUUAAUUUUCUUGUGAUAUAUUGAAAAAGUGACAACAUGAACCCCAAUCGCUUAUUACAUAAAAGCAAUAUUUAUAUAAUAUAUAACAUAGGUUUAGGAAUUGUCAUGUCAAUGUGGGUACAACUAUUUUGCAGUUCAUUAACAAUGCCAAGGAAAACCGACCACGAGAAUUCACCUUGAAUUGGUUACAUAUAUCAAAUUAAUGUUUAUUAUGUUAGGUAUUAUCUUCCUUAUGUAAAAAAGACAAGUAAAUAUGAACCUAGAAAUAAUGUAAACAUAAUUAUAGGAUAUAAAUUAUAUGAUGUAUUUGCCUAUGUUAAUAGUUAUGUAUUACUAUUAAUUUCAUUACACACACAUUCUAUUUUAUUUUUAUUUAUGGCAAUCCGUGUCGAUGUCAAUGUCGACGAUUCUGCCAAUGACAAGUGAAGUGAGAAGCACGUUAUUACCAGUUUUCUAUUUGACGUUUGAAAAUAGUAUGAUGAGAAGAAUAAUCCCUUUUGACAGUCCGGUAGUUAAAAAUAUAUUAGUUGCUCUAACAUUUUUGAAUCUCUUAUUAUGAAUCUCCUUGGCUUAUUCUGUCUUUUUCAUUUUAAUUAUAAAUUUUGAUGUAUUGAUAUUUUUCUAUUAUUUUUAGCUAUUAACUAACAAACUACAUAAUAAUAUGGACUUUGUUGCAUUGUUACUAAUCAAGAGACUACUUAGAAGAGAUUAAGAAAUAACAAUAUAUACUCGAUGGCUCACUAAUAAAAUAGGAACUUUAGAUUUCACACUUAUAAUAAUUACUCAUUCUAUUGUGGCAAGCAUAAAUAACUACUCAAUAUAAUAAUGUACUUAUAUGCAUAUAUUUUCAACAUCUAUCUUUGUCAAUCAUUUCUCGUUGACAAGACUUACUUAACUAUAAAUAUAAAUAACAAUAUCUACUUAAUAUGUAAAUCAAUAAAGUGCCUUGAAAAUAUCUGACUCCAGUAAAAUGCAAAGAUAAGAAGGAAGUGCGCGACUGCAGAGGCAGAGGGCAUUCUAAGAAACACAUCUUUGUCUAACGGCUUUUCCCAAUUAUCUGUCUAUCUGUGGAUUUCUCCAGUAAGCAAAAUAACUGAUAUAUAGAAUAUUGAGAACGGCUGUUAAAGGAACAGCCAAUCACGAGCCACAACUUGACAAAGACAGAGCGGUGGUUUAGAAUGCCCUCUCUAUCAGCCUUCUAUCGCAUUUUCAGCGCAGUCGCCCACUCUAUUCUAAUACAUCUAUGGUAAAAGGUUAACAUACAUAGUUUUUAUAUAUGUACAUUUAUUGCAUUUCAUGAUAACGCAAGGAAUUCUUUUUAUAUCGGCUUUUACAUAUUACUACAUUUUAUAAUAAAAUAAGGCUUGUAAAUUGUUAUAGUUUUAUCAUUGUUGUUAGUAAUUUUGUUCUCAUUUUAAUAUUAUGUUCGCAAAUACCAAUGUUUGUUGAUGAUUUUAUUCUAAAAAUGCAUAAAACACGUCACCUAGGUAUUAAGUGAAAUAUUUUGAUAAAUUCACAUUUGCAAACGAAUUUGAUACUUGUGUUUAUUGCAAUAAAGAUAUUUUAUGAA